AUGCAGGUUAAAGGUGGUUGCUAUAAGACAGCGGAGUCGCACGGCGAUAUUCAGAUUACUCAGACGAGGCAGAUUACUGCUGAGAACCGAACAGAAACAAACUCGCAAAGCAGUGGCAAACUCGAUAUAAAAACAAUGCAGAUUUCCGGGGGCCAAAUGGGAACAGACUUGCAUACCAGCAUUCAAGCCGAUAUCAAAGCGACGCAGAACAUUGCUGAGAGCUGCACCUGUGCGAACGCAAGCGGCAAUGACCAUCUUUUAGCAUCGCAGUCCAAUAGCACUGCGCAAGUUGGAAAGGACCUGCACAUUACUAGCUACCAGGAAUCCGGUAACACUGGAGCUAUCGAAGAGAGUCAAUCCAAAACUGAAGAAUUCUGUGGUUACUUGUACGUGCACACAGGACACGUUGCUGGUAAAAGUCGCACCGAAACGACAUCGUCCAGCAGUGGGAUAUCUAUGGAAACGGAAAUGUCUGAACAGAAUCGUGUGGAUAUAGACUCUAAUCUGCAUAGCAGUGGUCAGCUCGAUGUGAAAAGUGCGCCAGUCUCCGGCGAGAGCAGUAUGGGAACAGGCUCGCAGAGCAAAAGCCUCGACAUUGAGACUUCACAUAAAACUACUGAAGGACGAAAACAAACGGACACUAAUUCGCACAGCAAUCAAAUCGAUAUUAAAGGGACUAGCGAAAACUACAUUGGAACGGAUUCGCACAGUAGCAGACAACUCGAUGUAAAGGUAAUGCACUUAUCUGGUAAGAGUCAUACAGAAACUAAUCUGCACGGAAGUGGCCAACUCAAUAUCAGAUCAACGCAGAACACCAGCGAGAACCGUACGGAAACGGAAUUGUGCAGAGGUGUUUACCGUGAUGCAGGACAGCAAAUUAGUAGAGCACAGGCUGAAAAGGAGUUGCGUAGCACUGACCACAAUGAAUCGAAAACUACAGUUGAUGAGGAAAGCCAGUUGGAGGUUGAUGCGUUUGGCGGUUCGCUGGAUACGCAGACAAACCAAUCCUCUUGUGAAAGUCGCACCGAAACGAAAACGGUCAGUAGUGAGCAGUCUGUGAAGACAGUGCAGUUUGGUGAUGAGAGCCGUACGACAAUAGAUGCACACAGCAGUAGCCAACUUGAUGCAGGAGUUAUGCAAAUCAGUGGAGAUAGGAAUUCCGGAACGGAUUUGCAAAGCAGCAGCAAGCUCGAUGUUAAAUCGAUGCAGAUCACUAGUGAAAGUCAUAUAGAUGCGGACACGCACAAUAUCCAAUUCAAUGUAAGAACUACGGAGAUCAGCGGUGAGUGCAACAAGGGAACGGGCACGCAAAGCGGAGGCCAGUUUGACAUGAAGACGACACAAAUUGGUAAAGAGCGAACAACCGCAGAUUUCCACAGCAGUAAUCAGCACGACAUCAUAUCAGCAGAACAUACUGGACUUACGGGAACAAAUUCACAGAACACUAACCAACUUGAUAUCAAGACGACGCAGACUGAUGAAAAACAUUGCACCGGUUCAUGUGGCAGUGUUCAACUUCAAAUUAAGACGACGCAGGUGAGUUAUAAUCCUGCGAUUACACUCGCUUUCUGA